AUGAAGCGCAACCAUGGGCGCGACGGCGAAACGCAGAUAAUCGGAGAGCCACCGUCAAAGCGUUUAAAUGCCAGCGGUCACAGCCGCCCGGAAUCGGGCCUGGGGAACAUCCCUCGAACGAGGCACGCCUUCAAGGUUCUUGUCACCGAUGGCUUGGCCGCCGGCUUGUUAGGCUCUCACGGCUCGACCAAAGAUGAGAUACAGAAGGAAACCGGCGCCAGGCUUGUCUUCAGCAACAGAAACGACUACUUCCCAGACACACGGUACAGAGUCUUGGGCAUCUACUCAGAUGAUCCCGGGUCUAUACUUGCCGUGUUCAACUGCAUCUUGUCGCAGCUCAUACAGCACGGCGAUGAAGAAAGGAAAACGCAGCCUGCAGGUCAGACAGAACUGUGUGGGAAAGAGCCGGGCGAGUACAUCCUCCG